GAGAAAAUGGCUCUCGACGCUUGGACGGGCUGCCGCUGGCUGGGAGGGCUUCGCAUCAUUCGAAUAACGGUGCAGCGUCGCAUUGCAAUGCUCGCGCCAGAUGAUGUGACUGGGUGGCUGCUGGACGUCGCGCGGCCAGAAUUGUCGGUCCCGCCUUUGCCAAGCCCAGCACCGUCCCGCUCAGAAACUUUCUCCCUCCGCCAAUCCACCACGCACCGCGCGAACAUCUCCGACAAGCCCCGCGUAUCGCCCUCAGGAUGGCCCCGACGCGGCCACCAAAGAAGCAGACGAAGGGAUUCUCGGUUGGGCCUGCCAAUCUGCCCGACGGCACCCACAAGCGGAAAGUGCAAAAGAUCAAGAAGGAUCUCAUCUAUAAGGCGAAGCUCAAGAAGCAGUACGCCAAGCUCAAAGCCCGGGAGCAAGCCGCUGCUGCCGCCACCGCGCAGAAGUCCGUCCACGACCGCGAGGACGGCGCCGACAGGACGCAGGAGGAAUCCACCGAGCCCGCACCAGAGCCCAACCUCGAGCCGCACCCGGAUCGACUGAAGAUGCUGGAGAAUGGCUCACCGGAGCCGGGACCGGAGCCAGCAUCUACACAGCACCACGAUCGGCGGGGGAGACGGUCGCGCCCCCAGCCGUUCAAGAGGGAGGCAGAGCUUGGGCAGAGGAAAAGAGAGGAAGCGGAGGCACGCCGGAAGGCACGCGAAGAGGCAGAGAAGGAACGCGCCAGAAAAGCCGCCGAGAGAGAGCGUAUCCGCAAGCUGAUGUCGAAGGCCAGGAGUAGCGGUCCCAACGGGCAGCGGAAGCUUGGCCGCGAGAGCACUGUCCUUCUGGAAAAGGCGAAGCGACUGGUGGGGAAGACCUAAGAUCCUCCACCGGACAUUGAUGCACCGAUGACUGCGUAUUGCUCGCAAUGGCCGCCUCUUCGAGGCUCGUACUGCAUUACCUGCGUCGGGGAAGCACCCGUGCGAUAAGAUAAGAGGCCCACGAUAUGCACAUUCCCGGCCGCCAUCAGACUGCUUGGCUUGGGAAAUGCCGCUUUGCAGACGGGCUUCAUACCGUAGUAACUAGCGCAAAGCAUCUCCAACACCGACCCAUCUGGAGGGCGGCAAGCGUUUAGUAUUCGCCGCCUAUAGUAUACCCGUCUGAGCGGAGAUUCGAUGGUCCGAA